GGGAUGAGGGGGAAGAGGGGGAGGAAGGGUACGACGAGGAGGGGGAUGAGGAGGAGGAAGACGAGGAGGGGGAGGGAGAUGAGGAGAAGGAGGGGGAGGAAGGGGAUGACGAGGAUAGGGAAGAAGUUGAGGAAGACGAGGAGGAUGCGGAGGAGUGUAUGGAAGAAGAGGAAGAGGAAGACGACGUGGAAGAGGAGGAUGAGGAGGGGGAGAAGGAUGAUACGGGAGAGGAAGACGAGGAGUGUGGAAAAUGUCAAAAUUCCAAUGGCAUGUCCUUGGUCUUGGAGCCAUCUAUACGGUCAGAGUGGGAUGAGAGUGAUGACGAUGAAAGCCUACAAGCGCUCGAGAUAGCCGCCAGAUGUGCGGCUUAUGAGGCUGCUUUCAGGCUCAAGAUGCAGCAGGCACAUCGUGAUGCCAAAGAUUGCAAAAAGGGCUCUUUUUCGUCAUCUGAUGCAAGGUCAGCAGGGAAGCCGAUGAAGGGGUGCAGCGAUGGGGAAGGUGAAGGGGUGGGAAAUUCUGACACUGGAGAAAGGGUUGAGGCAGAAGGAGGAGGUCGCCUGGGACUCGGUGAUUCAGAGCAGGUCAACCACCCAAGUUCAGGAUCCUCUCCUCUUUUGAGUGAGGGAUCCGAUUCAGAGAUUUCAAAUCAAUCUGCAGAGCAGGCUGACAGAGGAAGUACUUCAGAUGAGGAGGAUGAGGACGAUCUGGAAAUGGCUUUCUUGUUCCGACAGCUGCGGCUGUUUCAUGCAAGCCCAAGGUCAACACCGACCAUGAAGCAGAGCCAUUGGUCAAUCUGGGAGAAGGAUGAGCUGCCAUGGCGACCAGAGCUCCCAAUGAUUAUGGAGGUGCCUGGACUUGAAGCCCUAUGUGCUGCAGAAGAGCGGUUGCAGUCAGCAUUACCGGUACCAGCAUGAGCCUAGUACCCUCGUUGGACACUCUUGGUACAGUCGGCACAUAUUGACUAG